CUUGUGAGCUCCUGUCGAUGGGCGUGAUGGCCAUCGUGGGACCAAGUUCGGGCCCUGGUUCCGCUGCCGUGGAGGCCGCGUGCAAGCGAUCACGCGUCCUCCACCUCGUUACUCGUGCACCUGGAAGCGGCAUCGGCGACGGCGGUGCCAGCACUGACAGAGACGGCGGCGGUGACUCGUCGUCCAUCCCGAUCCAUCUGUCGCCUCGGCGUGCCCACCUAGGAUCGGCAAUCAAGGGACUCCUCGACGCGAAGGGCUGGAAGUCGUUCACGCUUGUCUACGAACAAAGUCUCACUAUCCUCCGACUUCGAGAAGCGCUGCGCUUGUCCCCAACGGGUGACGUCACCUUCCGACUACGGCAGUGCGCUCCCGGUGAAGAGCUACUCAAGGUGUUCCGUGAAAUGGGACGGAGAGGCGAAUCAAACACUUUGUUGGACGCGCCGACACAUCGCGUAAAGAAAUACUUAAAGCAGGCCCAGGAUGUCGGAAUGCUUACAGAAUAUCACAACUACAUUACAACGUUCUUGGAUAUGCACACACUAGAUCUGCGCUCCUUCUACAGCUCACGAUGCAACGUGACCGGCUUCCGCACUGGUGACCACCGAAGAGUCGCCUUCGUACUUGGGUCAGCUCGACGAGAAGCUAAUCAUUGGUGUCGAAGACUCGCUGCAGCUGCUGUCUCCAAGGGCGAGGCAGAUCUUUUCGAGCGUAAAGGUGGAUCGCACAUACUCAAUACGGCCAGUCAGAUGAUGCAUAUAUUUUUCUGA